CCCCGCAUCUUCAGUCGUUUUGCUGAAGACGCAGACGAUGAUUAACAUGAGCCCAAAGUCUCUUAACGUGCAACCACAAACCAGCUCACGCUGUCGCUUUAUUCGUCAAAAGAGAACAGACCCUACGUGGAGAAAGUGUUGGAGAAGAAAGACAAUCUUUAUACAUCACCAUACAUGAGAAACGGUCUUGUGAGCAAGAUUGCCAUACAAAAUGAUGGCAGAGUCUCUGCCAUUCUGUGGCCCCACGGGCACUUUGUCUGGAUGGGAGCUGGAAGCUUGGUAUGAAGAUCUUCAAGACAUCUUGUGGGCUGACACAAAGGGUGCUGGAAAUUUGCUCCCAGUUGUUUCAGAGCAGGAGAUUCUACAAUUGGAAACUGUGGACCAUUCUCCAUACAUCUGGUCGACUGAGUCUCCUUUGCUCGUGGACAUUAACAAUGAGGAUAGUGAUGCUUUAGAAGCUGCUGUACAACAGCUGCCUUCUGCCAUCUUGGAACUAAUAAACUCAGAAAUACAAGACAGCUGUAACGUCUCUGCUUCCCCAAAGAGUGAGGAUACGCAGCAGCCAGAAGUGCCUGAGCUUGAUUACUGCAGUAGCUCUUCAGUACACACCUACACCGAGGACGAGGAACCUUGUGCUAGUCAGCCAACAUUAAAAAGAAAGAGAAGCAGUCCAUCACGAGGAGGAAAAGUACGUGUGAAAGAGAAGGAAGAGGAGAAUGAGAAAAAAGUGUCCCAUUUGUUAGCUGAAAAUGAACGACUAAAGGGAGAGAUUGAACGCCUAAGUAAGGAAGUGGAGCAGACCAGGAAGGCUUUGAUAGACAGGAUGGUGAACCUUAAAAAGGACUAAGACUUGUUUAAAGAAGAGGAAUAAAAAACUAAAACAGAGUUACACUUGCGUCCUGGAGGCACUUGCUCUGCCAUCAGAGGAAAGAACUAUACUUUAUUGUAGGAAGGUGAACUUUUUAGAACUGCUGUGACUUUCAGCUGGUACAUUGUAAAUACUGAUGUGAGCAAUCACAGGUUAGUCCUUUAUAUACAGCAUGUGUUAACCUGCAUGUUGUCCGUUUGCAAAACUAUUUACACCAUUUAGUAAUCAACUCGUAUAUUAAUCAAGUAUCCAAAUAAAACUUAAUAUUGCGUGUAUUGUUUUUUUAUGUGCA